AUGACGGAGCCAAAUCUUUCUCCCGCUUGUUUUACAAAGUAUAGCGAGCAGACCCAAAGCAACAUAUUCUCACUCCUCCCUCCAGAGAUUCGCUAUGAGAUCUUCGUCUACGCUUUGACAAGUUCUCCGGACACCACACAACCACCUGGACAAGAUGGUUAUUGCACGCGGCCAGGGUAUGAGACCCGCCACCAGACCUACACAGAACUGCUCCGAACUUGCAAAAAAAGUCUACAUGGAAGCAUGGUUUAUGCCCUUCAUCUGUUCGGAGCAUGCAUUCUGGAUGGCGUCCUGGGACCGCACUCCCGAGCGAAUGAUUACAGUUGA